UUCUAAAAUCUUCUUCAACCUCCGGUUUCCUCAUCAAUCCCUCUUUCUCAACGUCUAAGCUAUCUUCAAGUAACUCUCACUGCUUCCUAAUCUCUCAUUCCGGCAUGGGAUGCAGAUAGCUGGGUGUCGGAGAGUACAACGCUCAAAGGUAGAGUUGGAUUCUCAAGUUAUCAUUCUCAAGGUAGAGUCGAGAUCGCGUUGACCCACUGCGUUCACUUCGAAGUCUCCUCAUACUUCACUGCUUAUCCCUUCUCUUGGAUCAACAGGUUACUGGAAAUUUGUCAAUAUGGCAACUUCAUCAGUGUGUAUAGCAGGAAAUCCCUCUUUGGCCCACAGAACAACACGUACAGGCUUCUACAAAGAAAUUUAUGGAAGGCAGACUUUGUUUGCUUCGGGCUUACCAUCAUUUAGUAAACCAUCAAAAAAGUUCAUUGUGAGUGCAUCACUGAGACGGAAUUCUCAUGAAGGAAGAAGAGGGUUUUUGAAAUUAUUGCUAGGAAAUGCUGGUCUUACUGCUGCACCUGCAGUUAUAGGCGGUGGGAAAGCUUAUGCAGACGAACAAGGGGCGUCCAAUUCCAGGAUGUCUUAUUCCCGAUUUCUCGAGUAUUUGGACAAGGAUAGAGUGAAAAAGGUCGAUUUGUUUGAAAAUGGAACAAUUGCCAUUGUUGAGGCAAUAUCUCCUGAGCUGGGAAAUCGGGUUCAGAGAGUUCGUGUUCAACUUCCAGGGCUUAACCAGGAACUCCUUCAAAAAUUCAGGGAAAAGAAUAUUGAUUUUGCAGCCCACAAUGCUCAAGAGGAUUCUGGUUCUUUGCUAUUUAACUUGAUUGGGAAUUUAGCAUUCCCACUUCUCCUGAUUGGGGGUCUCUUCCUAUUAUCAAGAAGGUCUUCAGGAGGAAUGGGAGGUCCCGGUGGUCCCGGUUUCCCUCUGAACUUUGGUCAAUCCAAAGCCAAGUUCCAAAUGGAACCAAACACGGGUGUGACAUUUGAUGAUGUGGCUGGUGUGGAUGAGGCAAAGCAAGACUUCAUGGAGGUGGUGGAGUUCUUGAAGAAGCCUGAGAGGUUCACUGCAGUUGGGGCUCGCAUACCCAAGGGCGUUCUUCUUGUGGGACCCCCUGGUACGGGGAAGACCUUACUAGCAAAAGCCAUAGCCGGGGAAGCAGGUGUUCCUUUCUUCUCGAUCUCCGGUUCAGAGUUUGUUGAGAUGUUUGUUGGUGUUGGUGCGUCUCGUGUCCGUGACCUUUUCAAGAAGGCCAAGGAGAAUGCUCCUUGCAUUGUGUUUGUUGAUGAAAUUGAUGCGGUUGGACGGCAGAGAGGGACAGGCAUUGGUGGAGGGAAUGACGAGAGGGAGCAAACCCUUAACCAACUCCUCACUGAAAUGGAUGGUUUUGAAGGAAAUACUGGAAUAAUAGUCAUUGCAGCAACUAAUCGGGCUGAUAUUCUUGACUCUGCCUUGUUGAGGCCGGGGAGGUUUGAUAGACAGGUGACUGUUGAUGUUCCAGAUAUUAGGGGAAGGAAAGAGAUAUUAAAGGUCCACGCCAGCAAUAAGAAGUUCGAUUCCAAUGUGUCUCUUGAAGUAAUAGCAAUGAGGACACCUGGUUUCAGUGGAGCUGAUCUGGCAAACCUCUUGAAUGAGGCAGCCAUAUUGGCUGGUAGGCGUGGGAAAACAGCAAUCACAUCUAAAGAGAUUGAUGAUUCAAUUGAUAGGAUUGUGGCAGGGAUGGAAGGGACAACUAUGACAGAUGGCAAGAGCAAAAGUCUCGUGGCAUACCAUGAAGUUGGCCAUGCAAUUUGUGGUACCCUCACACCUGGACAUGAUCCUGUUCAAAAAGUCACACUAAUCCCACGUGGUCAAGCAAGGGGUCUAACCUGGUUUAUUCCAUCAGAUGACCCCACCUUGAUCUCCAAGCAACAACUCUUUGCUAGAAUUGUUGGAGGACUCGGUGGACGAGCUGCAGAAGAAGUUAUCUUUGGAGCACCGGAGGUGACCACUGGCGCAGCUAGUGAUUUACAACAGAUCACUGGUUUGGCCAAGCAGAUGGUUGUUACCUUUGGAAUGUCUGAAAUUGGUCCAUGGUCACUCAUGGAGUCAGGGGGGCAAAGUGCUGAUGUGUUCAUGAGAAUGAUGGCCCGUAACUCCAUGUCAGAAAAGCUAGCGGAAGACAUAGAUGCUGCAGUCAAGAGGAUCUCAGAUAGGGCUUAUGAGAUUGCAUUGAGUCACAUCCGGAGCAACCGAGAAGCCAUUGAUAAGAUAGUGGAGGUCCUCAUUGAGAGGGAAACAAUGAGCGGAGAUGAGUUCCGUGCAAUUCUUGCUGAGUUUGUUGAAAUUCCCACCCAAAACCGUGUUCCUCCUGCACUGCCCACCCCAGCCACUGUAUGAUAAUCUUCUAAUAUGUAUACUUACUUGUGUUUUUGUUUUUAAUGACUUGGUGGCAUAUAUAUGUCGUCAUCUUUUUUCUUUUUAUUUUGUAUAAAAAUAACUGCUUUGUAAUCCAUGUAGUUAAAAUCGAUUGGAAAUAGAAUGUCAGAUUGCAAUAUUGCAUACAAACUUGAUCAAUUAAAUUUGCUUUGUGCUUGUUUAUUCCCAACCCCACACCAGUGGGGUACCCAGGAUUUUGUUUUUUGGAGGGUGAUA